ACAUGACCUAAAUUCCACAAAAUGGCACCGAAAGGAAGCCACAAAAAUCAAAUUUAACUCAAAUAGUUGCUGAUUUCUCUUCACAUCUAUUUGCAAAUAUGUGAUGCCCAACGCCUUUCUUUAGAGGAACAUAUUUAGCUCAUCUAGAAGAAGAAAAUAUUUCAGUCUGCUGCAUAGAUUUGUCACACACGGCAUUUUAUGAGAGCUUGUUGACAUUGACAACCAACUCAACUAACUGGCUCAGUUUUGCUGUACAUUUCUGUGUACAUUUUAUAAUGCUAAAAACUCUUUAAUUCCUGCCAUAAUGUCGUCCUCAAUUGAUGGAUUGGUGCCUACGAGAUUCUUGUGUCUCGUUGCUCACUUGAUAGUCACAAUAAUGAUAUUCUGGGUUCGGGAUUAUAAUGUGAAAGCAAGUCUUGCAUCUGGUUACACACAAGAAGAAUACACUGCUAAGGACACAGAGCUCAUCAUUGGUUUAUCAGUGGCUCUAGGACUUUUUGCUUUAGAAUUUAUAGGUUUCUUUGGAGGAAUAUCCAUGUUCAUGCAUUCACAGGGUCUUAUAUCAAUCACUGCUCAUGCGGCUGGUGCUGGUGCACUGACGUAUUUCUUCUUUUGGAGAUGGACAAUUAUCGAUUUCUGGAUGAUUACUGCUUGGGCCAAUGGACUUCCUGCCUUACUGGACUUGAUUAUUCUCAUCAACAAGCGUUGUAUUCGGAGGUUAUGAUGCUACAACUAAAGGUUUUUUAAUGCAGGGUUUAAAGCUACCCAAAAUUCUCCAUGGUGGAAAAUGUGCUCCAUUCAACUUCUGCAUCUCUAAACUUCAGAGAGAGAGGGUAACUGUCUUUCUGACCACCCCAAUUCACACACAACAACAUAUACCGGUAGUGGAACCUCCCUCUGAAGUUUGAGAGGAUGGUUGAGAUAAGCGUUUUAUUGUAGAAUGGGACCAUUCUAUGCAAUCUGUCACAUCAAACAAUUGUUUGUUUAAAUUUGUUAGACAACUUGCUCCCAAGUUGAAUGGUCACAUUAGCUUUGAAUGCUUUUACACCAUAAAGAGUUUUGGGUAGCUUACACAGUGUGAUGCUGCAUCAGAUCAAUGCAAUCAAUAGUAGGCCAUAUGGAAUUACUCCACAAGCAGUUUGCUUUUAGUAGUUUUGGUCACUUUCUAAUUGUUGUUAAUGAUUUAGAACCCUCAGGGUUGGAGGGCAACUUUCCAGUUUAAAACUGGAACAGAGGUUAUCAUUAUAAAAUUGUGCAGAUUUUGGCAGAGGACAACUAGCCUUUGACGUUUUUUUGACCACUUUUGUUAUUUUUAGGUAAUAGGAAAAGCAAUAUACAUACUUCAGCAUCAUAUACUCAGAAAUGUUUCCAGAUAACCAACCGAGCCUAAGGGGAGAGUGAUAUUAAUUCAAGUUAGCAAAGCUAACUAAUUUACUUCUUUCAAGUUAGCAGUUUGAAUACUAUACAUGUAACGGUAUACAAGAAGAAUAGACUGACCAGUGUUAAGGCUUUUUAUAUUCCUGAUGUACAGCGUUGCAGAAAAUAUGCUGAAAUCCAGCUUGUGCCAUGGCUCUAUACCAAUUUUAUAAUAAUGUGAUUUAUUGCAAUUAGCAAACAAAGCAAAGUACUAUGACAGAAUUAGAAUUCUGUCAUAGUAACAAAGCAAAGUACUAUGACAGAAUUAGAUUUCUGUCAUGGUAUUCUGUCAUAGAAUUCUGUCAUAGAAUUCUGUCAUAGCACUUUGCUUUGUUUGCUAUUCUUGCCUUGCAGGUUUGUGUAAAGUUUCUUUUUAAUGGUAAAUUCUGCUAUCGCAUGUCUUCCCACUUCAUAUGACAUCCAGGAAAGCAUUUUGAAGAUGUUUCGGUCGUAACUCAUAUUAAAGCGAGUGUCACAUCUAGGUUUGGCUUUGCUUCAGUAGGAGCUCAACUUUAUUUGAAAACAGACUCCAACCAAAAUUCGGGCAGCUGCUCUUCAUUUUACGUCUUGUUACAGUGCCAUCCUUUAUUUGCCUAAGAGCCGUGCUGAAUAUGAAGUAUAAAAAUGGCCAGGGCCAUUGUGCUCACCUCAUGUGGAGGAAAGAUGGAUAAAGAGCAUGGUAUUGUGUCAUGUAGUGUUAGGUUUGAUGUAGGUCCAAGCAAUUACCAUUUCCCCAAAAUGGCCAAUUUACAGUACAUUCGACCUCUGUGACCUUGAAAAGUAGGUCAAAUCAAAGAAGACCCGGGUGACACAUUGAAUGGUUGCUGGAAUUAGAUGUACCUAUGAUAUAAAAUUGGUGCCAAUCGGGCAAGUCAUUACUAGGAAUAAUGGCAUUUUGAAGAAUUUAGGAUUUGGCCCCCUCCCUGGAGGCCAAGCGGCAAAUCAGAUCGCACCAAACUUCGGUACCUAAGAUCACCUGACCAAGGGGUACAUGUGUACUUAAUUUGUGAUCAAUAGUCAUUGCAGUUAAGAAACGUGCCAUAGUUACGGCCUGACGG